AUGUCCAUAACUUCCGAGUGGUUAACUUUAGAGGCGGUUAACGCGUCUAGAACUGGUUAUGGACGGAUUAAGUUCUCAAAGAGCUUCUUCCAUACUUUUGAAGUGGAUUUAGAGGAAGAAUCAACAAUUGAAGGGUAUGACGAAGACGCGUAUCAUGUUCUUUUAAAAUCAAAGCAUCUCCUUACAUUAUUUCGAAAUCCAGAUUCAUGGGAGUAUGUGUGUCUUAGGACUAACAUGUCUACUACGGCUCAGCCUGCGGCUCGGUUCAAGCUUUUGGUGGAAAUCAAAACAAGCAAUCUAAUAGUGAAAAAGUACCAAACAAGCUAUAACCCUACGGUUGCUACUCAUGUAGAUGUUGGAAAGGUGUAUAAUUCAGAUUUAGAAAAACGACGUAAAAAUUCACAGGGUAUGUUUAUAAUACAUUGUCUUGUUAUGGAACUGAAAACAUUGAAAUCAUUUCUUGAUACUACAGCAAGUGGUGCAGAAGAUUUCCGAUUGAAUGUCAAACCAGAUAAGAUUCAAAUCACAGCAUAUAUCAAGCAUAUAACGAGAGAUAAAGAAUAUCUCAAACAACCCAUGUCAGUUUCACUUGAUAUCCCAUUGACUGAACUUGUUCAGACCAAUCUCUUGGAUUACAAUCUCAUGGUCAACUUCUUAUUCCGGUUGAAAGAACUCAAGACUUUUAGUCAUUUAAUUAACUCCUUGAACACUCUCGAUGCUGAUUAUGACGAUUCCCUAUUCAAGAUUCUAUUCCGCAAUCCAGGUGAGCCCAUACUUUUCCAAGCCACGCACAAAGAAUCGAUCUGGGUUCAAUUUGUCUAUUUAACCACAUUCGAUAAGGAGUCAGAUUUGGAAGCCAAGGAACUUGGCUAUUUGCCUACUAGCGCACCAUUAAGCCCAUUGCUAUGCGAUCUUCAACCGUUUACCUUGGCUUCUUCAAGGUCACUGAAUGAGGUACUGCAUCUAACAACAAACAAGCCAAAGUCUAAUGCAACCUUUAAUGGGUUGAAGAGGACUCAUAAAAUUCAAAAGACAAGCGACCAUCGUAUGUGUGUUGGUGGUGGCGGAGGAGGAUUGUUCAGUCAUAGUAACGAAAUGGAGAACGAAUCUGACGUUGAUCGGAUAACGCAUGAAAGACAAACAACUCCAGAUUGGGGAGGUGGUUAUGAAUCAAUACCUUCAACAGAGAGCAAUUUGAACAUACCACCACCAUCCUCGAUGGAUCAUGAAGUGAAUCUUCAUAGUGAAGAAGAGUAUGGACCCACUCAGAACACAAAACGACCAAAAUCCAUUUUUGAUUGA